ACUUACCAUGUACUGAAUCCGUGAAUCGUUCUAUACGUUUAUGGUCGAUGGAUGGCCACCACCGUGUUGGUCGUGAAAAGAUAGUCUAGACUGCUGAACAUUAUACGAUUUUAAACAUAGUAUAUUAUUAUGUUUCUAAAACAAGCAAAUAACACGAAGAACCAAUGAUUCAUUCUUUAUAGUAAAAAUCGUACAGGUAAACCACCCAUGCAAGACUAGUUACAAUUAGGAGAUAACAAAUAUAUUUAGAAUGGAACCAUCAUGUUCACAUUCCAAGUGUGACUUGUACGAGAGAAACAAAAUUACAUAUGAAAAUGUUGAGACUGAUUGUAACAACAGGCUUGCUGAGAAGUCGGGUGAUUCAUGUAAUGUUAGACAAAAAAUUGAUGACCUCGAACGUGAAGAUUUCGAGGAGGAAAAUAGAAUGCUGAAGCAUUGUUCUAGUAUGAUAGUUGAUGGAGAAAUCAAUGCAGGGGCACGUUACUCGGGCAACUUAUCAAGUGCCAAUUCAAGUCUAGCGUCCAGUUCUGAAACUAUAUCAACACUCUCUAAUAUGAUAACAAAUGACUUUAGUUUACCUGGUUGCAGCAAAAGUGAUGAUUGUGAGGGUAGUAAUGCCACAAUUAAAAACAUGAUAUAUUCCCGAACUCCACUUUACUCGAUUGUCGAGCCACCCCCUAAGAAAGUAGAUUUUAUGCAGAAAUUGUUGAGUAGUAAUUUACAAGAAAAGAAAGACUUUCCUAAAGGGAAGCUUUAUAAAAGUGAUCUGAUGGAGCAAACAGGGGAUUCUGAUUUGUGUGAUGGUAGCGGACAAUCGGGUAGGUCAAGUUCGAAUGCAUCUAGUUCUAGUUCAGAUAGUAAAGAGUUCACUGUUCCUUCAACAUCAAAUGCUGAGAAGUUAUUAGGAUUGGAUGACAGCAGCAAGAGAAAUGGAAGUGGCAGCUCCAAGUCAUCCAGCUACCAGUAUUGCGAGGGCGAUGACGACUCCGACGACGACGUAAACGAAGAGUCUUGGUGCACAUGUCUUUCAUCUCAUGAGGACGACGACGAAGAGGAUGAACCGGAGUCAGAUGAUCGACUUUGGAGAAAAAGACGCUACGAGCCCCCUCGGCCUCAAUCAGCAAAGAAGUUCUGUCCAGAUGGAAGCGUUGUCGUCGGACCCGGAUCAGAAUGGCCAAACAUUCACGCCAAUAUUGCAAUUCAAACUAAUAACAUUCAAGGACCUCCUGAACUAAAGCAAUGGCUCAACAAAUUUCAAUCAUGGUCUAACGGCGAGAAGAUCCAAGCAAUCGACGCUCUGAUAAACCGCUGCGCCGCAAGUCACGUUCGUUACAUGAUGAAGGCUAUCGAGCCUCUCUUUCAACGGGACUUCAUAUCUCUCCUACCUAAGGAACUGGCUCUUACCGUUCUUGGAUAUUUGCAGCCGAAAGAUCUAUUGCGUGCUGCACAGACUUGCCGGUAUUGGAGGUUCCUGGCUGAUGAUAAUCUCCUAUGGAAGGAGCAAUGUCGUCGCAUAGGUCUCACAACCCUAAAAAAGAUGCCGAGGUCAUUACCACGUUGCGUCAGCCCCUGGAAGGCAGCCUACAUGCGCCAAUCACUGAUUCAGGACAAUUGGCUACAUAAGCCAGUGAACAAUCCAAUUGUGAUGCGUGGUCAUGACGAACACGUUAUAACCUGCCUACAGUUCUACGGGAACCGAAUCUUGAGCGGUAGCGAUGAUACAACGCUAAAGGUCUGGUCAGCCAUUACUGGGAAGUGUCUACGCACGCUCGUCGGCCACUCGGGUGGUGUCUGGUCAUCGCAGAUGGUAGGCGACCUCGUCAUCAGUGGAUCAACUGACCGUACUCUACGUGUAUGGAACGCGAAAACGGGACAGUGCCUUAAAGUACUAGCUGGUCACACGUCUACCGUCCGUUGCAUGCAUUUGCAUCAGAAAAGAGUUGUAUCGGGUUCCCGUGACGCCACCCUUCGCGUCUGGUCGAUACCCGACGGUCGCUGCCUCCGCGUCCUGGUCGGCCACCUGGCGGCUGUACGAUGCGUUCAAUAUGACGGCAAGAUGGUAGUUUCCGGUGCUUACGAUUACUUCGUCAAAGUCUGGAACCCAGAAACUGGAGAAUGCCUUCACACGCUCGCGGGACACACGAAUAGGGUAUACAGCCUACAAUUUGAUGGAGUUCACGUAGUAAGUGGGUCUUUGGACACAUCGAUUCGUGUUUGGGACGUUGAGUCGGGACAGCUGAAACACACUCUCACUGGCCACCAGUCUCUUACAUCUGGGAUGGAACUGCACUCUAAUAUACUGGUAUCCGGCAAUGCUGAUUCCACUGUUAAAGUGUGGGACAUCACAACUGGUCAUUGCUUGCAUACAUUGUCAGGUCCUAAUAAACAUCAAUCGGCUGUGACAUGUCUUCAAUCGAGCAACCGGUUUGUGAUCACUUCUUCCGACGACGGUACCGUCAAAUUGUGGGACGUGCGAACUGGAGAAUUUAUUCGGAAUCUCGUCGAACUCAGCUCUGGAGGUUCUGGAGGCGUGGUCUGGCGUAUACGAGCUUCUGCGACUAAGCUCAUUUGUGCCGUCGGAUCGCGUAAUGGCACUGAAGAGACGAAGCUCCUAGUGCUCGAUUUUGACGUACCUGGCGCUUGUAGGAAAUGUGAUGAAUAGCAUCGACUCAACCGGCGCAUUGUGCGCCGAUAUGCCAACAUGUACGCCCCGUGGAACUGCUAAAGAGUGAAGUAGUGUCCUCACUGUUUAGCAGUUCCAUGUUGCCUCAUCCGCUAUGAAUGACGAAUCAGUUUGGAAAUGUAGUAGAACAGCAUUUGGAAAGUAAUAUUUUGCUGAAACAAGCACCUGUAUUGCACAACACUGCUUUCAAAGUUCAUAUUUCAUAAUAAUUUCUCAUGUAUGAACAUUUUCUCCCAUUGUCAUUAUUAGCGGUGUAAGACAUCUGAUUAAAUAUUCGGACGUAUUAAUUCCUUUGAUUUAUUAUGGAAUGGAAUGAAUAUUUGAUCUGAUUCAAUGAGCAGACCAAAAGCGUACUGACGGCACCGUCAAGUGGAUUGUGAAACUAAUAAUACAAAGUUUACCCACCGGGCUUGACAUGGGAAGAGUGAAGAACCGUUUUCAUAUUCACGGUGUACUCUGAUUACCUUUACUGCAUUCAAUACCAAUAAAGUACCAUCCAUAAUUACAUCGUAGUUCUAGCAGAUAGUUUAUUACGAUUUUCAUAAUGGCAUAUAGCAUGGUCAGCUAUAUGAAUAUGCAAUAUACACUGAUUUUGGUCUAUGCUUGCCUGUUAACCCCAUUGUAACUGGUGGCGCUGUACAAUCUCACAUUGCCAAGUUUCUGUUACAUUGUUAUUCGCUUCAUUAUCCCAAAGAGUUCGAGGUUAUCGGAUCUUAGGUUUAGUUUAUGUUAAGAUGAUUUUAUAAUUUGACUCCUUAUUUAAGUAGGUAUCUUUUCUUCUAUAUUUUUAAUAAUCCUUUUUGCUCUUUAGUUGGAAUUUAAUGGAAUGUUAUUUGUACUGGCGUGAUUGUCUUAUAAUUUGCAUUAUUGUUCAGAAAAAAAUAUGUCAAUGAUAGUGAUCCUGACUUUAUUUAGUAUGAAAUGAAUAAAUAUAUUCUUGAAACAGAAAGAAAGCAAGCGGACAAACUUAACCUAUGAGAAAUAUUCGCAGUUUUAAUUAUUUUGUUUUAUAUAUAUAUAUAUUUCUAUUAGAUACAAUUUACUGAAUUUAAUUUUAAAACCCACUGAUUUUAUCAAUAAAUGUGUCAGUGAAAUUAUUUUAACACCUUAUGACAUAUACAACAAUUAUUAUAGUAUCACAAUAAUAUAUAUAAUAAUAAAAUUCCAAAAACAAAACAGUUGAGGAUCUUUUUCUCCUCUGUUUGUCAAAUGAUUUUUUUUUAAUGAUUAAUAGUAAUUGAUAGGCUUUAGUUUAAACAGUUUUAAAACACAAAUUUAUAGAUGUUCUACUCAAAUUUUCGAUUAAGGUCAAAUAUCGACCCCGGAGUGAAUUAAAAACCAUCUCCCUAAUCUAAACAAAUACUCAUUAACUAAGUAUAAAUGUUUUAAUCAUAUAUAUAUAUUUUAUAAGAUAAGAAUUACAAUUGUCAAAGUAAUAACAAUAUUUAGUAUUUUUUUAUCAUUUGUUUAUGUUAUUUAGUUUUUCAUUCACUACAGUAUUUACAUAAAUGUAUUAGAUCAAUCAACACAAUAUUGAUUGACUGAACACACUAGACGUAACAAAUAUAUAAUAAAUAUAACCACAAUAUUAUGUUCCAAUAAGUAAUUAUUGUUAAAUAUAUUGAUUUUAUAUGAAUAUUUCUUAUAUGCAAGGAUUUAAUAUUAGGGAUGCCACUAUAUAAAGUAUUGGAAAUGACUCGUUUCACGCCAGUUUUUUCUAUAAUAUUAGUAAUUUGAUUAAUUUUUUUAUUAAUUGAUUAAUCUAUUUUUUAAUGAUAUAAUUUUUUUUAGUUAAUUUAUUUAAAAGACAAGCGCCACGAGAUACCGGAUCAAAUGUGUUACUUGCAAUAUAAAUUUAAUCUAUAAUACAAUAAUAUUAAUUCUAUAAUAAUAAUAUUAAUUAAAUAAUUUUAUUAUAAUUGUUUUGAAUAUAAAACAUUUUUUAAAAAUAUAAUCCAAUGUAUAAUCAAUGGCCAGAAAUUUUAUCAUUUAACUAUUUGAAAUAUAGUCGCAUAAGUUAAUUUGUAUGUCUAUAUAAUGAAUUAAAGUAUGUCAGACUUAUUGUACCGAAUUAAAACAAUAAUCGAUUUGAUGUUAGAAUUUGCAUAAUCAUUAUCAAGUCAAUCUGAUCUUUGUAUGUAUGUAAGGUAAGCCAACACCGCCGCUCUCUCUUGCUAUAUUUUACAACUAAAAAUGUACCCCGUGUUGUGUACAACAUUUUUAGACUGAUUUGACUAUAACGAGUGUGUGAGGUUGUGUUGGUUACACCUGCUCUAGAUUGUAAGAGGUAACAUUUGUUGUGUAUAUAUAUUAUAAUAUAUAGACGGUGGAUCGGUGGGCAGUCUCGAGCGCCACCUUGGUACGGUUUCCGACAUUUCGACGGCUACUACCGGAAGCGGACUCCGCGUUAUCUAUUGCCGAUUAAAUAAUUAAACGAAGACUGAAGAAUAGGUAUAGUUUAAUAAUUAUAGUAUUUAAUAACGCCAGUGGAAAGUUAAAAAGUUUAAAACCAAGGUGGCGCUUUGACAUUUUAUCUUUCCACGGGCGGGCGUAGUUAUUCCGUUGCGAGCGUAUUUCUCCCACCAUUGCACUGAGCUCAUUUCAGACAAAACUGAAAACAGUCAGCGGACUACUCCAAUGUUUAUUCGUACUCGACUGCAGAAUAUACCUUUGAGAUUUUGUUAUGAAUACUUAAUCUUAUACAUUUGUUAAAUUAUAUCCUGUAUUAUAAAAAACGGUAUCAUUUUAUCAUUACUUUUAAAGUAUACUCAUAGAAGAUUCUUGAUAGGUACUCGUGUAUUGUCAAGGUUAUGUCCGAGCUAAUUACAGUGAAAUUGUUAAUACGCGCAGUCGGGUGUUAUUUUUUUUAUAUCGUCUUCUUGUUUAUUGUCACUAGUUACUAAAAGCGAUGCGUUUACGCCAUCAAUUUUACUUAGUUACUAUGUAAUUUAGUAUUUAGACUUAAUGUAAUUAUUUCCUUGCUUGCCUAAGUGCGCCUAGGAAUGAGAGGGUGGAGGUAGCCACAAUCAUACUAUGCGGUUACACAGCCACCUGAAUAAUCAAUUUACUCAUUGUCUAUGUAUAUAAAUAAUUAAAUAAUACGUUGAUAAUCAACAUAAUAUUGCCGAUAUAUGUUAUAUCGAAUUUUUUAAUCGAUCAUCGGCCACGUGGAAAGCCAAUCGUUUUUGUCAGCCGGAAAACUCUCAUGUCUAGGCCCACGCCGUACAUACUAUGAACGAUCUAGUUUAGAAAAUUGGCUGAUGAAUUUAAAACAAAUUAAAUCAAGUUAGUGCAACAAUAAGUUCUAGUUUCAUUUUUACGUCUAUUCGAACAUUUACUGAUAUUAUUGAGGCGCACGAAAAAUUCGACUCUUACGUUCUUUGUAAUUUUCAUAUCCUAUUUCUCUUACUUUGCUUUGAUUGUACAUCAUUUUUAAUAAAAUCAGUUGUU